AUGAAACCAGCGAAUCCAUCGAACAUACGUAACAAAGAAAAUCGUGCCUUUAUUCGUUGCAGUACAUCUAUUACUGAUGGUAUCAUAUUACCAAACAAAACAGUGUUAACAUAUAUGCGAGAACAGUCGUUGUUCGAGAUAUUUGUGAAUUUAAAUUACUGUUUUACAUCUUCCUGCAGGCUAUCUGCGGUUACAGUGGCUGUGGCGGUGGUGCUAGGUGAUCGUGUAACAGGGAUGAUAAUAGUGGUGAUAAGUGAUAGCACUAGUGGUGGUGCUGAUAUGCUUUCUGGUUAUAAAAAAAGCGUAUGA